AUGGUUAGAUAUCUUUGUAUUUUCGUACAACAAUAUCCUACUUUUAGAUAUAGAGAACUGCUCGCAGUUGCCUCAAUGUUUAAUAUUAAAAUAUGGGGUAUAGAUGAAUCGUUAUUGCCAAUCAUUGAAUCCGAUGUUUUGGAGAUCUCUUCACCAUUUUUAUAUAUGGAUUUAGAGUCGGAUGAAGACGUCAAAAAGAUAUGUUCAAGAACUGUCUUGGUUCGUGGAUUCUACAGAGUCUGGGCAGAGUCCAACACCUAUCAAGGUUUACUCGAUCAACUUGCUAAUAACUAUGACCCUGAAUUCAUUUCAACAUUCCACAAAGAUAAAAUUUGGAAGAUUGAAUUCGAUUCAUUUGGAAGAAGAUUCUCCAAGGAAGAUCAACUAGAAAGAAUGCAUCGUUUGAAACCAAGUCCUUUGUGGUCGUCUGGAAAGGUGUCAAUGAAUCCCAACGGUGUCAAUGAGCACGUUGUAUGGCGACUAACUGAAGACUACGGAUUGUCAAGAGACACACCAGAACUCAUGGCUGAAAGAGCACAAGAAAAAGAAAAGGAAAAGGAAAAAGAAAAUGAAAUGACAACAACAACAACUACAACAACAGACAAUCAAGUAGAGAAGGGACCACAGAAUAUGUAUUUAGGUAUUUUAGUGGCAAAGGGUAAUCGUGAAUCGAUUUCACAGUUCAAUUUGCAGGAUAGAAAGUAUCUUGGAACUACAUCGAUGGAUCCAGAGUUAUCGAUCAUCAGUGCCAACAUGGGACAUGUUCGUCCGGGUUCGUUCAUGUUGGAUCCAUUCGUUGGAACUGGAUCGUUCGUGUUGAUUAGCUCAUACUUUGGUGCACAGACCGUUGGUUGCGAUAUCGAUGUUGCAGCGAUGCGUAAGACUCAGACCUGUAAUUUGGAAACCAACUUUGAACAACUGGGUCUGCUUGACAAUCUCGUGGGUGUCGUAAUCUGUGAUAAUUCAAGUGCACCAUGGAGAGACGGACCUAUUUUCGAUUGUAUCAUUACCGAUCCACCCUACGGAAUAAGAGCUGGUGCCAAAAGAGUUGGAUACAAUAAAAACAGAAGACACAAAGCACCACCAGAAGGAUUUAAAUGGUCACAUAUGGCACAAACAACCGAAUAUAAGGUACCGGAUGUAAUGGCUGAUUUAUUAGAGUUGGCAGCAAAGAAGUUGGUUAUUGGUGGUCGUUUAGUUUAUUGGUUACCAACAACACCAGAGUAUGUAUAA